AUGGAUGCUAGAGAUGCUCACCUGAUUGACAUUCAUGAUUUUUCUUGUGACCCUGAUGAGAAGUUAAAACUACCUAUCGGGGGAGGUCAGAUUAGCUGUACUUCUAAUUGUUCGAGCUAUGAUCUCAGCAGGAAGGAUAUUGAGAAGAAGUAUGAAGAAGCGAAUCUGCUCACAUUGUUGCAU